UUUUUGCCCCAAAAACCUAUCUUUUUCUCGAAACCCAGCAAAUAUCCACACCCUUCCUUCUCUCUCUCUCUCACUCUAAUUUCUCUCUCUAAAAAUCCAAGAAAAUAAUGGCACAUUCUUGCAUAGCCACAACUUCAUCCAUCUCUAAAUUCAACUACCAAAUUUGCCCCUCUGAUUCUUCCACUCUUUCUCAAGCCAACCCCAUAUCCCUUCCAUUUAAACCUCUUCCCUUCAGGAAAUUAAAGAGUGUUGGGAAAGUGAAGAAUACCACUGUGAAGGCUGUGUAUUCUGGAACUGAAUGGGAAUCUGCAAAGGCUUCACGUACAGGAUUUUGGUCUAUCAGAGAUGAUGUGCAAAUUCCAUCAUCACCUUAUUUUCCUACAUAUGCCCAAGGUCAAGGACCACCGCCGAUGGUAGCAGAACGAUUUCAGAGUGUGAUCAGCCAGCUCUUUCAAUAUAGGAUCAUACGAUGUGGUGGAGCAGUUGAUGAUGAUAUGGCUAAUAUCAUAGUUGCACAGCUUCUUUAUCUUGAUGCUGUUGAUCCCACAAAGGACAUUGUCAUGUACGUCAACUCUCCGGGAGGGUCAGUAACAGCAGGAAUGGCCAUAUUCGAUACCAUGCGGCAUAUUCGACCUGAUGUCUCCACUGUCUGUGUUGGACUUGCAGCAAGUAUGGGGGCUUUUCUUCUCAGUGCUGGCACUAAAGGAAAGAGAUAUAGCUUGCCAAAUUCAAGGAUAAUGAUUCACCAGCCUCUUGGUGGUGCUCAAGGUGGUCAAACGGAUAUAGAUAUUCAGGCUAAUGAGAUGCUGCAUCACAAAGCAAAUUUGAAUGGGUACCUUGCCUACCACACUGGUCAAAGCCUUGAGAAGAUUAACCAGGACACUGAUCGUGAUUUUUUCAUGAGCGCAAAGGAAGCUAAAGAUUACGGGCUAAUCGAUGGUGUCAUCUUGAAUCCAAUGAAAGCCCUUCAACCACUUGCAGCAGCUGCUGAACAAUCAUAGUUGAAUUGCAAGGGAGGUCAAUAUUCUCUCCUCAUUUUGCUCUUCCCUCCUGGAUUAUUGAUACGGUCAUGACUAGAGAUUGUAAUAGAUUGCUGGGUUUUGGGUAGAACUAGUAUUCCUGCUGCCAGGAGCAAUUUGUACGCGAAUUUUUACAAGUUCAUCAGAGUUAACAGUUGGGGAAGAGUGUAAUGUACCUGUUCAAAUCUCAUAGACGUUUUCGCAUAGGUCUUGAUAUUGUCUUAAAAAGUAAUUCACUACUUCCACCUUUCCUGUAAUAACAAUCAAAUUCAUGGCAUGCAUGUCAGAGAUUCUUUUUUCCCUUUU